GGCAUUUUGAAAAUGCACAUUUUGCAAAAAAAUUCGACGGAGAUGUCCAAAGAAAAGCAAGAAUAUAUGCAAUUUGGUAACAAAAUAUCAUGACUGCUUAAUAUGUUGUCACAGAGAAAAUUUUUAAUUUUUCGAAGACUUGCAAGAAGGCGAAUCGUAUUUUUACUUGGUAUUUUAUCACUUUGUGUUGUAUGGCUAAUCAAAGGGUACUUAAAUACUAAAUAUAUUAAGAUUGACAAUGCUGAUUUCCCGAAUAUUGGUGAUUUUACAUGUGAGGAAUCACUAAAAACGUCAUCUUGUACGUUUGUCAGUACCCAAAGAAAUUUAGAAGCAUUUGGAAUUAAGAAAUGUGAUGCAUUGGGUGAGCUCUGUAAAGGUUUUGUGGCGAACCAAGGAAUGAAGACAGUUACAUUGAAACAAUCAUUUCAUGGAAAGAACAUUUUUGCAGCAGGGCUGACUUUAUUUGUGAAGAAAUCAUAUGCAUCACUUAUAAACAUCACUGGGAUGUUCGAAGUCUGUGCUGAUACAUUGGAAAGCAUAAAUGAGAAAGAUGUGGCUGCUAAAAAGAGAAGAUGUAAUCUUCCUAAUCUAGAUCCUUUUGAUAGAAGUAUAAUGGGGGUGAUGUUUAAACCAGCCAGUUUCACAUGUUCUGGCCACAAAGAUUUAACACUGUAUGAAAAUGGAACAUUAAAAAUUAAUCCUGAAACAAGAGGAAUGAUAACAAAGGUAAUUUGGAAAGUUAUCAAAGUAAAACCUGGAGAUGGGUCAAAAUUCAUCUUAACCUCAUCCGGAAUACUGAAUCAAGAGAAACCUCAAGUUACCAUCAAUGAGGACAUGAUUAGAGUCGACGUCGUGACUACGAGUGGUCAAGUACAAACUGACUUCCAUUUGAAAAUCUCACCUAAACCAAACGUUUUAAAAAGAUCAACAAAGAAAGGACUGGCUUCAUUGAAUGUUAUUAUGAUUGGUUUGGACUCGACAGCGCAUUCUCACUUUCAAAGAAAAUUAGGAAAAGUUUAUAAAUAUUUGAAAGAUGAUUUAAGAUCGUUCAUAUUUAAUGGUUACUCAAUAGUGGGUGAUGGUACUACACCGGCUUUACUGGCAUUGUUAACUGGACGAAAAGAGGAACAACUACCUGAGGGACGACACAGGAUGAAAGGUGCGAAAUGUCUUGAUAACUGGCCAUGGAUUUUCAAAGAUUUUCGGGACUAUGGUUACGCCACAAUGUUCAACGAAGACGAGGUUGACCUCGGUGCAUUUACUUAUCGCCUGAUGGGGUUUUGUGAUCCACCAAUGGAUCAUUAUCUCUUGCCAUAUUGGUAUGCAGGUAUAAGUGCAAAAGCGCCUUGGUUUAAGAUCGGUCUAGGAAGCUUGAAAGGACACUGUAUAGAAUCACAAGCUAUUCACAAUGCUAGUCUAGAAAUGGUACGAAGUAUGUUUGAAGCUUAUCCCAAAACACCCAAAUUUGGGAUGACAUUCUUUUCCGAUAUUUGUCACAGUCGGCUGAAUGACUUGUCUUUAAUGGAGAAUGACUUACUCGGGUUUUUUAAACUAAUGAAAGAACGACAUUACCUUGAUAACACAAUCUUGGUGACCUUUGGGGAUCAUGGUAUUCGCUUUGGUUCAGUACGAACAACUGUUAUUGGGAAAAUGGAGGAACGCCUACCUUUUCUUUCUAUUACUGUUCCUGAUUGGUUUGAGAAAGAUUAUCCAGAAUUUGUUAAAAAUAUUCGUGGAAAUCUGGAUGUAUUGACAUCACCACUAGAUGUUCAUGCAACAUUCCGUCAUAUCCUUUCAUAUCCUUCUUUACCCACAAAUGUCGGUUAUGGUAGAAGUCUCUUCACAGAACUUGGUGACAGGGUGUGCAAGGAGACUGGGAUUCCCACUCAUUUUUGUCCGUGUAUGGAGUGGAAACCCGUUGCUGUAAAUCAUAAACACAUCAAGAAAAGCGCACUUGCAAUUUUAGACUAUAUAAAUGGCCUGAUAAGGAAUGAAAACUUAGUUGGUAAAUGUGCUUUAUUGACUUUAAAGGAAAUUAAAUCCGCGGUGAAGAUAUCACCAAAUGAAGACGUACAGACGUUUGAGAAAUCGGAUGAAGAUGGAAGGAAAGCUUCCAAGGGUGCAAAACCUAAAGGUGUAUGUCAUUAUCAACUGCAGAUUGGAACAAUGCCAAAUAAUGGUAUAUUUGAAGCAACAGUCCAGUUAAGUUCUGGGUCUGUAUUGGUCAAUAAACAAAUGAGCCGCAUUGACCGAUACGGAGAUCAACCUAAAUGUAUUGUAGAGACACAUCAUCACAUGAGAGAAUACUGUUAUUGUACCUGAAACUAUAAAAUCGCGCAUGCUAUCAACAGGUAUUGACGCUGGUGGCAAUAUGAUAAAACAUUAGAAACUUCGAUUUAAUCUGUUAUUGAACAUAUAAUGUCAGCGUUUUGUUCAUUUGGGAUUAUCUCAAGGAUGUUUUUUAAGAAAUUAAAUUCAUCACACCACUAUGCAUAAUGUUUAUAUUGACCAGUAUGGGUUGGUUUGCGAUAGGCGAUAGUGCCACCGUUAGAGAAAAGUUGGUACUUUGGUUAAAACUAAAGUGUCAUGUGCAUAGGGAAAGCGUUUGUAGAAAACAAUAAUGCCACAGUUAAUCAAGAAUUUAACAAAUAUGUUUUCAAAUUCAGACAUUAUUAUCUUAGCUAAAGUAUAGGACUUAAGAGCGAUCCCAUUGAAACAGCAUUAGUUUGUUUAAAAUAUUCAUUUUAUGUGAGAAAAUUGUUUUAGUAUACAGGAAUCUAAAAUUAGUUUCUUGCAUUGAGGCUGCGUUUCUUCCGGUGCGUUUGUACCAGUUUGGAAUCAUGUACGUUUUAAAAUUAUGUUAACAGUUUUCUAUAUCCCUCUGCAAAUAAUUUGCGUGCAUGGGAUAUUUAUUAUUAAUACAUGUGACAGCAUCGAAUGUAUCUUGACAAGAGAGUUAAUUUAUAGUUAAAGGAUUUAGUAAUUUAGCGACGGGUUUAUAGGCUGUACCCGUUGUGUCAAUUGUAGGUUGAAAAGGAGGGAGAUUGUUAAAUGAUCUCUGACUAACAUUGCUUUAACAAUGUCCCACUUAAGAAAACACUAGUAUGUAUGUCAAAAAUUUAAAAUAUUUUAAUUACUUGUCAAA